AUCCAACUCAAUGUACAGCAAACGUCUGAUGCAAUCAAAUACUCAUUGCAUUCAUUAGUAUUGAUUAUAUUUGUUAUAAUAAUUGGCAAUCAAUUGAAUUCUUGUGGAAAUGAAUCCAAAACCCAAAUCAGAUGAAAGUGUGGCCAAAGGGGGCAAAGAGAUGACUGAAGAGCAGAGAAACAAAGCGCUACUCAAAGCCCAACGAAAGGCUCAAUUUGAAAUGCAAUUCAAAGACAAACUGAAGAUCACCGCCAAAGAUGUGGAAACUAAGAGUAAAUCUGAGCUAAAGGCCGAACGAAGAGCCAAACAAGAGGUGCAAAGAAUGGCAAAGCAAUCAAAUGAUCCAAAAAGUGAUGCAAAGAGUCACGAGAAGCAGAGUUUAAAUGUCACUAAAAAGAGUCCAAAUAUCGACAAACAAUCGGUUAAAUCAGAUGAAAGGGACACUAAAAGUGGUGACAAACCCAUUGAGAGCACCACUAAAGACGUGAAUGGAGUUAAGGAAACAGUUAAGGAGACAAAGAAAUUGAGUUCAACUGCAGUGACCACGACAUCAACGGCGAGUCAGCCAUCUCUUGUAAAAAGGGGUCAAAUCUUCGCACACAUCCCGAAGCGAACUAAAGAUCUGAACCAAUUG